AUGGCAAGGUUUGGGAUUGCGCAAGCCAAUGAGAUCCUCCUUUUUCCUUCUACGGGUAAUGGCCGCUUUCAGGAAGUAGGGCGAGUGGACGGUUUCCAAGACCUCAAAGUUAGACAAAGAAAGAAAGAAAAACGACAACCCCCAGCCCCCAGGGUCAUCUGAUCAAUAAUGACUGGGAACAUGGCCGCCACCAGGAAUGCUUCACAGUUCUUCUUGGUAUUUUUCUUGUUGCUCUUCUGCCUGCCUGUAGUGGAAGCUUUAGAUACAGGUGAUGCAUUAGCUUUGUUGCUAGGUGUGGCUCUUAGUUGUGUUGGAUUCUGUGCCUGCCUCGGUCUAUAUGCAAGAAGACAACAUGGAGAGCAAUGACUUAAGUCCAAAAUGUCCAGCUGAAGUACAACUGUCCCGAUGGAUGUUGUUACAGUUAAGGAAGUGUUUCAAGAUGUUCCCCAACUCAUCAAAUCUUUAUUGCCAUAUACUGUUCAAGAAGAAAGAACAUUCGUAAUGGGAAGCCUGUGGAGAAAGCUGCUUCAAGUUCACAAGAAUGUUUUGUAUGUAAUUAAGGUGUUGCCUUAAAAAAGAAUGCUACUGGUUUUCAAUUGCAUAAGAAAAAGCGUCAGUAAAAGUUAAUUAUUAACUGAGGUGCAACAGGAAAUAUAGAGGGGUAAACGAGAACAUAGUUUGCAUUCAAAUGAUAAACAGAAAAUAUGUGACAUAGGAAACAUAACUAUCCUCAUAAUUAAUUUAGAUAUGAUUUUUUUCUUCUAGUGAAAUAUUUCUCUAUUUCAUUUGUUUCCAAAUUAAGCCAAAAUAUUUUGUAGUAAGGUCAAGUUGCUGUGUACCAUCCAAUGUUUUGUUGUUUUCAUCUGGUUAUAAUUUAUGUUACAGUUAAUGUUGAAAAGUUAAUCUCCAUUGUCUCCUUAAAGCAUUGCAGAUAUUUUAAUAUAGCAGUAUGUAAUUCAGUACCAUCAAAUGUUUGGUUUAUCAUUACCAUAAUCCCUGACCAUCAGCCAUUUGAUUUAUGAAAAUUGUAAUCUAAAAUAUGGCAGCAGAGUCAUGGGUUGGUGAGAGGGAGAGAUACCAGAUUUUCCUACUUGUAGAAAUGGCCACAGCCAUUCUUGCCCACACAGGCUUGAAUACGUAGGAAGCCUGACUUCUUUUUCUACUAUGCUUUCCAUUCAUUUCAGUAGAACUUGCAGAAAUGUUCCUCACAGAUUAACCAUUUAUGAUUUCUCAGUUGUUUGUUCUACAGAAAAAUUGCUGGGAACAAUAUUUAAAUGACCAACCCUUUUCUAUAUAGUAUAUAUCAAAACACUUGUAUUGUUUGCACAUUUUUAAUAAAUUGUGAAACUUUGACUAUUUUCAAAAUAUUGAAUAAACUAAAGGAUUAAUGAGAAUUGAACAGUGAUUUAUUCUUGGUCUUCCAGUGUAACUUAAAUAAACUCUAAUAGGAGGUUAACUUAAUAACUUCAUGCUCUUUAACAUGCUCUUUGCUGCUAUGGUUUAAUUCACCCAUGAUUAAAGAUUAGAUAUUGAAAAUAUGCCUAAAUUUAACUUGCACAUAUUAAAACAAUUUUAUUAUAAUUCAAGUUUGGUGGUAAGAGAAAUGUAGAUUUUUCUUUAAUAUGCAUGUGCAGACCCAUUAUAAGAGUGUGACCACAAAUGGUUUAAAAUAUUGUAAUAUCUGGUAUAAAUAUUACAUAUGAUAUACAAAAGAUAUAGUAGAAAUAUACUAUUCUAAUGUACUUUAAAUGCAAUUUCCAUAUGACCUAUGCACAGUCUAUAUGUUUAUCCUGUGUUGGAUUAUGCUACAGAUUCUUAAAUUACAAAAUAUUUUAAAACCUUCUAAAAAUGUUUGAUGUUAUUUAGGUAAAUAGCUUCAAGUAGUAUCUCACAAGGGACUGAAUUGCACCAUGUGAAUCUUAAAAUUAGAAGGGGUUGGGAUAUUUCAGUGUGAAAUACUGGUCUCCAGCCAACUUGAAGCAGAUCCAAAGGUACAUUUAGGAUAGCUGUGGCUACUAAAACUAAUUUUAAAGUAUUUUUUGGCAACCAGAAAGAAACCAAGACAAGAAAGGUUACAGCCCAUUGCCAUUGAUUGGUAAGGUACUGAGGCAUGUGGGUGGUACUGAGAUAAGAGGAGUGCCAUGGAGAAAUCACAUUGGGUAGAAGUAGAGAAUGCAGAGCUUGAGAUAAUUCAGUAAGAUGAGUAAAAGUUUCAAGGAUAUGAUUGAAAACUAUUUAAAAAAAAAAACCAAUAGGAUGGUUGGAAUUCUACAUAUGACAUUUGGGAGAGCAUAAUAUGUGAUUGUGUUUGAAGGGGAAAUCAGACAAGGGUGAUUCCAAAGAAAAUUUUAAAUAUUGUAAUUAUGUACCUUGAAGUAGAAGACAGAAAUACUGAAUCAAUUGACUGGGUUUAAAGGAGAACAAUUUGCAUGUUUGUACUGUACAGGAUUAUAAAAAAGAUUUCAGCAAGUCAUCUGUGGUGCUUUGAAAUUCCAAAUAUGCACGCAGGCUUGCAAUUUCUAAUUUUACAAUAUUGUUAGCCAGAUUAUGAGUAUCUAUGGAUUUUGAUAGGAAUAUGGAAA